GAAUGACAAUGUUUUAAAUAAAAUAUUGUUUUAUUAUUUAAAAAAUUAUUUUUUAUUUUUUAAUUAUUAUUAUUAUUACUAACUGUUAUGUCAUUUACCGGCGGCGACAGUGUUGUUGUUGUUGUGGCCACCGAUGACGCGGCGGCCACUGAGGCCGUCAAUGAAAAACAAUAUUUUACGCGCGACCUAUCACUGGACAAUUGUUUGGCCGCCGCCGCCGAUACCGCCACCGUUGUUGACCUGACCGUUGACCAGCGCUUUAUCGGCGACGUCGGCUGUGUUGUAUGGGACGCGGCACUAGUUCUGGCCAAAUACUUGGACCGUCAAUCCAGUCGACUUGGCCUACGUCGGCCAGCACUGGUGGUCGAAUUGGGCGCCGGUACCGGAUUUUGUGGCCUAUGCGCUGCAGCACUCGGCGCCCGUGCCGUUAUUACCGAUCUGGCCGAUUGUGUAGAUCUAAUGGUCAGAAAUGUUAACAAAAAUCGCCUGCUAAUCGGCGAUCGGGUAGCCGUUCACGAGUACGAUUGGGCCCAAACCGCUGGUGGUGACCAACAACUAGCCGAUGAACAGUUGUUUUUUGGUCACAAUAUCACCGAAAUUAACUACAUAUUGAUCUCCGAUUGUCUAUACUAUGCACAGAGUGUUAGACAACUGUACGAUACGGUCGACUGGUUGUCAUCAAAGGGAGCAACUGUUUUGAUGUCAUACGAGGACAGGGAUGACAAGCGGCCACUGGUCGACAAGUUUUUUAAAUUAAUUAAAUCAAAAUUUAUUGUUAAUGAGAUAUCCAGUGAUGAAUUACAUGCCGACUAUCGGUCACCAGAUCUACAUUUAUAUAAUUAG